UGAACGUUCGCGAAGGCGAGUCGCGUCGUUCGUUCGGUCAUGACGUUAUAGUUUUAUAUGAAGAUGACGCCUCUAUCGAUAGUUUUGGCUAUAGUUGUUUUAUAUGUGUGCCGCGUACAAGGACAAUCGCAAUGUGUCUCGCCGACUGGGGUUAAAGGGCAGUGCAUAUCAAUAUUCGAAUGCCCAGCGCUGCUGGCGAUAUUAAACAAAAGAGACAUGGAAAAGGAGGACGUGAAACUUUUAAAAGAUUCUCACUGCGGAUUCUAUAAACAACAUAUACCAAAGGUAUGCUGUGAAAUAGUUGAGGAUGAGACAGAUCGUAGAUGCUUUACACCAGAUGCGAACAUUGGAACGUGUAUCAGUUUGUACUCGUGCCCGCCGUUGAAGAACUUAUUAAGACCACCAAUCUCGAAAGAAGAUUUGGCUUUCGUACAAAACUCUAAGUGUGAAGGUCCGGACCAGUACAGCGUAUGUUGUGGAUCUCAAAUCAAAACAACGAUAAAACGAUCUGAAUGCGGGCCCUCGAUAGCUCCUCCCGACCCACGUACGGAAUGUUGUGGACUCGAGACAUACACCGACAACCGAAUUCUAGGUGGUAAUGCAACAGCAAUAGACCAACAUCCCUGGUUGACGAUCCUCGAAUACCGCGGCGUUAAAGAUAAUAAGAUCAAAUUGCUUUGCGGAGGAGCUCUGAUUAGUAGCAAAUAUGUUUUGACGGCUGGACAUUGUGUCGUCGGACCAGUAUUGCGAAUUGGUAAACUAAUAAACGUUCGUCUCGGUGAAUACGACACUUCAUCCGAAGGACAAGACUGUAUACAACCUAAUUACAGUGACGUUGAUUGUACCGAUCCACCAGUCAUACUGCCGAUUGAAAAAGUCAUACCGCACAGAGAUUACAAUCCUGGAUCGCAGCUUAAAAGAAAUGAUAUAGCUUUACUUAGAUUAAAACGUGAAGCUCCAUAUACUGACUUCAUCCGACCUAUAUGUCUACCAUACGACGACAUCACGCAGACAACAGACACGCAAAUUCUCGAAGUCGCUGGAUGGGGUGCGGUCAGCGAAAUCAAGAGUUACAGCAAUGUGAAACUCCACGUAUUUUUACCUUACAAACCUUUAAAGGAAUGUCAGCAAGCUUAUGAAGUUCAAGGUCACAAAUUGAAGUUAUGGCACAAGCAAAUAUGUGCCGGUGGGGUUAAGGGCAAAGAUUCUUGUAAAGGGGACUCGGGAGGACCCCUUAUGACUCACAACAACAGAAGAAUAUACCAUAUCGUUGGAGUUGUGAGUUUCGGCCCCACACCCUGUGGCACGGAGAAUGUUCCCGGGGUCUAUACCAAAGUUUACGACUACCUACCCUGGAUACGGAGUGAAAUGAAACCUUGAAUAAUAGAAUAGUACCUAUAAUUAUUAUAAUUAAAAUAUAAGUCAUUAAA